AUGGACGGCGACAACGGCCGCGGGCCGCAGGUUUCGCGGCGGACCCUCACCAUCAUCCUCGCCACCACCAUCCCGUCGGUCGUCCUCAUCGUCGCCAUCGCAACAGUUUUGUGCUGCAAAGCCCGUGCCCGCCGGGCCCGGCUCUUUGAUCGCGGCAUCACACCCAUCGGAGACGAGGAAAUCGAGUCGUGGAAGCGGAACCGCAUGGCUCGGGCCAGUGCCGCACAGCAAGAGAAGGUGCACGCGCCAGUCACGCCGCCGCAGCGCCACGACUCCAAGUACAAGGGCCAGGCGGGCAGCCACAACAACCACCGUGCGACGGCGUCAGCGGGCUCCGUGCAGAAGCCGGCUGCCGUCAUCAUCUACCAGACCCCUCGCUCGAGCGAAGACGUGCCGGCCUCGUCGUCUCCCCCUUGCGGCAAGCGGAGCUUCGACGUCGCCCCGGCCGCCGUCUUGGCCCGCGCCCCGAACUCGCGGCCGGGACUGACGGAUGAGACGGUGCAAGGCGAAGACGCCUUUGUCGUGACGCAGAUUAAGCGGCACCCGUCCCGGCUGGCCAAGGCGCCGCCGGCCUUGUCGGGCCCGUUGUCGCCGCGCCACGGCCGCAGCAAGAGCACGCGAGCUACCAUGACGGGCACGACGGGCGCCCAAGACCUGUGGUAUGCGCAGCAGCCCGAAUUACCGCAGCCGCCCAGGCGCUCAGCGGACAUGCCGUUUCCGCCGUCGCCGUCCUACCGCAGCCAGGCGGUGACGUACUCGUCCCGCUCGACGCCGCAGCGGUCCUCGUUCGACGACGAGCACCACCUUGGCGGCCUCUCACCCCGACCGCUGAUACACCAAUCCGAGAUUGGGCGGGCCAUCGGCUGA